CGGCCGAAAAGAACCCACACUCUCACUUGUUCACGUUUAACUCGUCCGCUUAGAAGUUGUUCGUGUCUUCUUGUGAGUCCGUCGCUUUUUGUGAGGCGGUUUGUGCGAAAAAAAGCGAAGAUUACAAAUUGGCUUCAAUUUAUGAAUUCGCGUGCCGUGCGGUUAGAAUUGUGCAAUUUUGGGUGCGUUCCGGUCCGGUUCGUCGGUGCGAGGCAGUGAAGUGACCAAAGUUGGUGGAAAUUUUGCGCUCCUGAAUCAGCCCUUUGAAUAAGAGAAGUCCAGUGAAAUAUAAUAUACAUACAUACCAGGAGAGGGACAGGGAGCGCGACAGCGUGCGACAGUGUUUGUGUGACAGAGAGAGCAAGAAAGGGUUCUCGAAGUAGCAGCAGCGGCGGCGGCAACUAAGAUUUCCUUCCUGAAAUAUACACACUUACCAAGCGAACCAGAUCACACCCUAAGGAGGAAACAACGUUCUAAUUGUACCAAAGCGUGGUGAGGCAGGGUGCUGCAUUUCACACGGAAAAAAUGUCGCUGUGGGCACGGGUUAACCAGCUGCCACAGCCCGUCCUCGAACAGAUUCGCUACAUCUAUGGCAGCAGCUUCCCCAUCGAAGUGCGACACUAUCUGGCCGAAUGGAUCGAGGAUCGAUUAAUGAACGCACCCACCUUCCAGCAUGACGUGGACGGGAGCUACGAGCAGGAGGCAGCCACCUUCCUGAACCAGCUGGUCAACGAGCUCGAGCGAACGGCCGUCAAUCUGCCCGAGGAUAACGUCACCGGGCGGAUCCGACUGAACGAAUCGGCCCGGAACUUCCGACAGGCUUUCUCCCACAAUCCCUCUCAGCUGUACACACACCUGCUCAGCUGUUUGCAGCGGGAACGACAGUGCGUAGCGUACCCGGACGAUUGCGUCCAGGUGCAGGACCCGGAGAUCGCCGAGGUUGUCAACGGCCUACAGCAACUGCAGAUGCUGGUGCGAGCAAACGAUGGCGAUAAUCGAGCUAUGGUUAAGGAUUACGAACAUCUGCUGCUGGAGGUCCACGAAAUUACCAAGAACAAGGCCCAAAUAGAAUCGAUCGAAAGUCCCCAGUUGCGGGAACAUGCGCGGAGUACACUGGCCCAACAGGAGCGGCAAGUCAAUGAAUCGGUUACCAUCAUCACCGGCAAGCGACUCAAUCUGGUGGAUAACCUGCGCAAAACCAUCCAACUCACGUCCCAGGUGCAGGACAAGGUUCUCCACAAAUACCUGACACAGUGGAAAAUUAACCAAGGUUUCGCCGGGAACGGUGCCGCCGGUAUGAGCUCCAGCAAUCUGGACACCAUUCAGACCUGGUGCGAAACGCUGGCGGAAAUCAUCUGGACCACCAAGGAUCAGAUCCGCCUGGCCAUGAAAUCCAAAUCCAAGCUGAACAUCGAGGAACCCAACUUGCCCGACUUUCUGCCCCAGUGUCUGGUGGAGGUCACCAAUCUGUUGAAGGGUCUCAUCACGACCACGUUCAUCAUCGAGAAGCAGCCGCCGCAGGUGAUGAAGACGAACACCCGUUUCGCGGCCACGGUGCGGCUCCUGAUCGGCAACACGCUCAACAUCCGGAUGAGCAAUCCGGUGGUGCGCGUUUCAAUUAUUUCAGGUACGAGCUGGGAUGCUAAGGGUCAGGCCCAGAGCACGCAACAGUCGAACAAAGCGUGCGACCAGACGUGCGGGGAAAUCAUGAACAGCACAGGAAAUCUAGAGUACAACGAAACCACGAAACAGUUAUCGGUUAGUUUUAGAAAUAUGCAACUUAAGAAAAUUAAGCGAGCAGAAAAGAAGGGCACAGAGAGUGUAAUGGACGAGAAGUUUGCCCUGCUGUUCCAGUCAAGUUUCGCCGUUGGUCACGGAGAUUUAGUCUUCUCGGUCUGGACCAUCUCGCUCCCGGUGGUUGUGAUCGUGCACGGAAACCAGGAGCCCCAGUCGUGGGCGACCAUCACUUGGGACAACGCGUUCGCCGACAUCAAUCGGGUGCCGUUCCACGUGCCGGAUAAGGUUUCCUGGAAUCUGCUGGCCGAGGCACUUAACACAAAGUUCCGCGCGUCGACCGGGCGAGCGAUGACCCCGGAGAAUAUGCACUUCCUGUGCGAGAAAGCAUUCCGGUCCAGCCUGCAGUACCCGGUGCCGAACGAUCUGACCAUCACGUGGUCCCAAUUCUGCAAGGAACCCCUGCCGGAUCGAACGUUCACUUUCUGGGAGUGGUUCUACGCGGCUAUGAAGGUCACACGGGAGCAUCUGCGUGGGCCCUGGAACGACGGAAGCAUAGUCGGCUUCAUCCACAAGUCCAAGGCCGAAGAUUAUCUGCUCAAGUGUCCGCGGGGAACGUUCCUGUUGCGGUUUUCGGACAGUGAAUUAGGUGGUAUAACGAUCGCGUGGGUCAACGAGAGCAACGACGGUCAGCCCCAGAUUCUGCACAUUCAGCCAUUCACGGCGAAGGACUUCGCCACCCGCUCGCUGUCCGACCGCAUACGUGACUUCGAGGAUCUGUUCUAUCUGUAUCCGAACAAGCCGAAGAACGAAGCGUUCGAGAGGUACACGACGCCACCCGGUCAGCCGCGCAACCGCAACUAUAUCCCGUCGGAAGUGCGCGCAGUGCUCAUGCCGGGACCUCCCAGUAGCAACGCCUCGAUUAGUAGCUACCCGAAUACACCCAACUCGUAUAAUCACCUGCAAUCGCCGGACGCCUCCCGGGAUACGCCCACCAGCGGCUACAACCUGGAACCCGAUCCGGUGAACCAGCUGCCCUACCAACAUCAGCUGGACGAUCUGGGGCUGGAGAACAUUGACAUGUUCUCAUCGUCGUACAAUUAAGAAGAAUCUUUUUCGAAUCGAACGCGAGGUGUGUGGACAUCAAAAAGCCAUCCCAACCUAGCUCUAGCUAGCAACCUAUUACUACAACUACAAUUACUAAUGUUACAAACUGCUACACUUAAACACACCGCUGGAACGAAUAUCAAAAUAAGUUUUUAUCUCUUUGUUUAGUAGGAUCUUCCAUCUUAGUUUUAUGUUUAGUGUUCUUUAAAAAAAACCAGUAUCAAGUUGUAUAACGAUUGACUGCUGAAUGUAUUGGUAUGAUGAUGAUGCGUGAUGCUCUCUCGUCUUCUGAUGCUGAUGCUGACUGCGAUAAGUGUGUAUCCUUCUUUUGCCCCGUAGAAUGUGUGCCCCCUUAGUGGACUGUAUUCCUUGUUUUCAUCCCCUGCCUUAGUAGAGAGAAAGAGGGGGUAUGUGGCACGCGAAUGCAAAGCAUGUAAAUGUUACGUUAGAACUUUCUUUUUUUUUUAUAUACAUCUAUUGGAUUGAUCCCUCCCAAGAAAACAAAAACCUGAUUCAAAACCAGAGGUACUAUAAGCGGAAAGAGAGUCGAGGAGUAAAGUUAGUAUUUUUGUUUGUUUGUUAGCAGUUCUAGGGAAGGAUGCGAGAGUAUCCCAAACAAAGUAGAUUUAAAGCAUAAAAAUAGUACCUUGAGACGCGCGAAGUAACUGUAAGAUUCUACCAAUUUCCAUAUUCGUGUUGAAGAAAAAAAAUAAUAAAUAAAUAAACAAAGAAAAUGUACCAUUGCUAUCCACAACAACAACCAACCAAAACGGCAUGAGAUUUUCUUCACCGAAAAAAUGUGUAUUUGUGUUGUGAUUGCUACUUCUUUUUGUGAUAGAGAGGGAAGCAACUGAGUUUUGCUCGCUUAGUAAGUAAAACACAGAAAUAAAACUCUCUCUGAGUCUUGUAGAGGAAAUGCGAAUGACUUAAAACAGGUGAUCAAAUGGUUUCGAGAUUUGUAUAGAAGAUAGAAGUAAAUCGCGUAGCGUCAAGCUAAAUGAUGGUACUAAUGAAGAAUAAACAAGCAAACAACGAAAUAAGAAAAAACACAACAAUGUUAGCUAAAUUACAAUUGGAAACAGCACAGUUGAAUCCAUUGAAAAAAAAAUCAUCAACCGAAGAUAGACGAGUGCUUAACCCAUAUUAUUGUAUAGAAAAAAAGGCGUCCUUUAAAUUGAAAAUAAUUUUCAACUAACCGAAAAAUAGUGCAAUUUCUCGAAAAAAGUGAUAUUUUUGAUGCAAAAUAUUUUGGCUAGUCUCUCUGUUUCUCAUUCGAGUGUCAAAAAUCACCAAACAACAACACACAAACCCAUCCUCUCAGAAAAAGAUGGGGAUGCUGCGCAACAACAACAAAAAAAAAACCAUCAGAAAGGAAUCUAUCUUGUAUUUCAUAUGUGUCUUACUGUAGCAAAUGUUUCUCGUUACAAUUUGAACAAUAACACAUAACUUUAAAAUUUUAUCAUCAAAUUUUUAUUACCGGUUUAAACAUGAAAAGAGAAAAAAAAACAAGUGUAAACAAACUGAUAACCGAGUAGAUAUUUGUGUCUUUGUACACCCUGCGGUUUUCCCCCCGCUUCUAGAAGCGUAGAUAUAGCGUAGUGUUACGAAGGAUUGUCCACAGAGUCGUAUUGCGCCCAGAGAUUGAUCGAUUUAGCAACCCGUAGACGUACUUUCUUGUUUCCUACCCGAUGAGACUUGAAGAUUGUUCCAAGAAAGUUCAACCGAGGCGUGCGGCUAUUCUCAACUUCUUUCGAGUGGCACUGAAUGCUCGACCAAUACUCCAAGAAUACUCAGCGUUUUACGGUGUGGGAUGAAGUAGUUAUACAAUUUAUCUUAGAGUUGCGACCCUGAUGUCUAUGGUCUAUGUCUAGGUGUCUGCGUCCUAGCGCGAAGGAUCUUGUGCGUGUUUUUGUACCAAAGGUGACCAGACGUUUUAUUUCCCCAGAGGUCGUUGAAGAUAUUGAGGAGAGUGGUUUGCUGUUUGAGCAUCUUGUAGCCAACUCUAUCACGGACAGUGGAUUUGCUCACCAGAACGCAAGGCAAUGAAAAGUUGAUCGAUGAAAACCACGAGGCUACUGACAGAACUGAGGUUCGCGGAGACUAGUGCCGCCCACUUGAGGUUGCUGUGUCUUCUUUUCCCCAGUCCUCUGUCCCACAAGUCGGCAGAGGACUUGUUCUCAUUUUAGGAUUCCAGAAAAUCCGUCCAAAUGUCCAGAUUCCCCAAAGAUUUUCAAUAGGUUUCUGAUCUGGACUACGAGCUGACCACUCCAUAGCCAGGAUGUUUAUGUUUCUCUCGGAACUUAUGACAUAGUUUUCUUGUUUGAAUUUUUCUCUUCGCAAAAAUCCAAUCCAUACCAUGAGGCCUCCCCCUCCGUCGAUACUUGGGGAUCCUUUCAUCGACAUUCAAUUUGUUUCGUCGGAAAACACCGCAUCAUUCCAUUCUGUCCCGGAGUCCGUGCGCUGUCUGGCGAAUUCCGAUCGGGAUUGAAUGUGCUUUGGAGUGAGGUUAGACUUUUUGGUCUGUAGUUGUCCGGCCUUCUUGCAAAAUGUCCUGCCCAACGUAUCUUUCCAGUUUUGACCACUUCAUGGAGACUGGGGUCACCGGAGAGUUGCGCGAUCUCGUGGUUCAUCUCUCGUCUCCAUACUCCGUCCUCCUGCAUCCUGCUGAAGGUGGCUCCUGAUACACGUUGUUCAAAAAAUUCCAGUACUCGCAGGUUUGCAGGAAAUUGAUCCACUAACUCGAACUCAUCGCCAACGAUCAGUACACUACUGCCUAUUCGGACCCUGUCGUGCUUUGCUGCUGGGACAGACAAAAACGACGUACUCCGGCGUUUCCUCCCUAUCUCCACACUACGGACAGAGGGGUGACACUGCGUGCCCGAACCGAUGUGUGCGUAAUCACCGGAAGGGAAUCAUUCCGAUGAUUACGCACACAGCUUUUGUCGAAAUGGUCCUAUAAGCGCUGACGACUCGCAUGGUCAUGAGUCGGAAUGUGCUGUUCAUCUUCCUCCAAUUUCGGUGGGUUUCCAGAGUCACCAACCAGGCAGGGCCACCGUACCUCAGUAUCGACGAAGAUACGCUUGCCAAGAGGCGCCCCUUGCUGCUGCUUGGACUAGGAUUGGGUGAUCUCGGAUCGGUUUUCAGAAGAUCGAUCUUUUCCAUUCCGAUUUUCGAUUUUUUGGAUCGAUCUUUUUUACUCGAGAAAAUCGAGAAAAUCGAUUCUUUUGCUUUCGAUUUUUUCGAUCCUAGAUUUCAAUCUUUUUGUAGAUUUGUUUUUCAGUAUACAUCGAUUUCAAUCUCACCGAAGACCACCUAAUAUUUUUUUCAAAUAUAAUGUCAACAUUUGGAUCGCAUCUUCUACGAUUUACUUCCGUACAAAUGCUGACAGAGUUGUAAAUCAAGAAUCGGAUUCGACAAAAUGACAGACGUCUGGCACGAUUGGCUUUUAUGGGAUCGUUGUCAGCUGAGUUCUGGGCAGAUACUAUUUGUUGAAUUUCUAAUAAUGCUUUUUCAAUUAAUGUCCUACUUAAUGCCUCCUUUACGGCACGAGAUGAAUACCCUGGAAUUUUUUGUCUGGACUUUAAAAGUUUUUGUGGACUGCAUGCCGAGGAACAAAUCAAAAUGCUUUUGAUGUUUCAUUAAAAAUAUGAAAUUUUUAUUACCUUGCUUAAAGAAAAGACGACACCUAUCGAACAAGCAAAUAAAUUGUUUUUUUUUUCCGAUUUUCCAAAGAUCGAUUCGGCAAAGAUCGAUUCUUUGGUACCGAUUUAAUCAGUGGAUCGAUCGCUACGCCGUUUGGGAAAUCUAUUCGACAAGAUCGAUCUUUUUAUAAAGAUCGCCCAAUCCUAGCUUGGACCAAAGCUAUUUGGCAUGAUCCUCGCCAUCGCGUUGAUGGCCUUUGUCGCCUUCCCGCACGCAUAAUCGACUUGCUGGUUAAAGUUUAGCCGAUCGUCGAUCAUAACUCCGAGGUAUUUCACCGUCCGUCUCGAAGCGAUGGUAUGUCCUCCGACCGAGACUUCUGCCCGCAGCACUGCUUUGCGAUUGCUCAUUUACAGCACCUCGGUUUUGUGAUGUGCCAUCUUGAGCUUUACACUAUCCAUCCAGCUACUGAUCGUGUCCACUGCCUCCGUCGCCAACAUUUCCACUUCCUGGAGCGUCACGCCGAUUACCGUUGUUACGAUAUCGUCCGCGUAGCCCACAAUCUCCUCACCUUUGGGUAGCUCCAACCAUAGUACACCGUCGUACAUCGUUCCAAAGCGUUGGACCUAGGAUUGAACCUUGUGGAGCUCCCACCGAAAUGUUCUUCAGUAUCUGUCCCCUGUCUGUGUUGUAUACCAGGAUCCGAUUCUGGAAAUAACUCCUCAGUACCCUGUACAGGUAGCCAGGGACCUUCAAUCUGUGUAGCGUCUCGGCGAUGGCCUCCCAACUGGCGCUAUUGGCGCGUUCUUCACGUCGAUCAAAAUCACCGCGCAGUAACGAUCACCUCGUUUUUUUAAGCGAGACCUGAGCUUUCUCAAUAACUGUUCGAAUAGCGUCCACUGUCGACUUGCUUUUCCGGAACCCUGGAACUGCAUUUUCGAUAAUCCGUGAUCAUCCUUCGUGCAUUUCACCAGUCUGUUGAGAGUAACCCUCUCCAAGAGCUUUUCUGAAGUGUCCAGCAAACAAAUAUGCCUAUACUAUGCUAGAUCUUCAUGUGGCUUUCCUGGUUUCGGGAGCAGCACCAACUUUUGGAUCUUCCAUUUCGCAGGGAGGAGACCGUCAUCCAGGCAUUUCGGCAGCACCAUCCUGAACAUGUCGGGGAAAGCAAGGAUUGCCGGUUUCAAGGCCACGUUGGAGAUUCCGUCGGGGCCAGGGGCUUUUAUAAUCUUUAACAUUUUUGCCACCGCGAUGAGUUCUUCGUUGGUGACUUGCAGCUGUGCGUUCUCGGCUUCGUUCUCGCCAUACCACGGGUAGCCACGUCGGUGGGUCGUGCUGCGGAAAGAGUCCAUUCAGGAUGACCUUGAGCUUUUUCAGACAUAAUUCCAUGGGAGUCGUUGAACCACGGAGUUUCGCCAUCACGAUUCGAUAUGCUCCACCCCAAGGAUUUGCGUCGACGUCUCGACAAAGCUCCUAUAGCAGUUUGAUUUGCUCCUAUCUCCAAGCCAAGGCGGCUCUGAUCGCUCGGAACAACGCGCGGUGCUCCUCUCUUUCUACGUCCGUUCGUGCCCUCUGGACUCUUCUUCUGGCUCGUAGACAGUUAGCGCGGAGGAUACUGAGUGUCUCGUUCCACCAGUAGACUGGACGUCUUUUAUUCGUCGGGUUCAGUCUUCUCACCAUCGCUGUGUCGCAUGCCCUCACUAAUGUUCCUGUCAGUUCGUCGGUGCUCUGACUAGGAGUUCUGCUGUCUAUGCGUAAAGAUCCUUGUCAAAAACAUUUGUCUUCCACUUCCGCUCACAGCUUCUUGUUCUCAAUACCACCGCAGGAUUCCGUUGGCCGACACUACAUAGAAUUGCCUGGUGGUCGCUAUGUGUGUAUCCCUCCAAUACUCUCCAGUUUGUGUUUGUGAUCGACUGCAAAAAGGUUACAUCGAUGAUGGAUUCGCGGCCGUCCUUUCGAAAUAUGCUGCUGGUGCCUACGUUCAGAAGUGUAACGUCUAAUUUUGCGAAGGGUUCUAGUAGGCUGUAUUCCCUGGCCUGGCGUUGGUGCAUCUGCUUCCCCAUUCCUCAGCCCAAGCGUUGAAGUCUCCUCCGAUGAUGACUGAUUUUCGGUCGUUGAUUUUAUGCGUUAGUACCUCCAGCAUCUCGUGAAACUGCUCCGCUGACCAUGGAAGCUGUGCCAAACUCAUUCGCAUCGCCCGAAACGUACGUACUAUAGAUCCCUUUCCAGCAGACUUCCUGUAGUGCUACGAUGUCAAACUUGUCGUUCUUCAAUAAUUCGGAAAAUAUACGGAUACUUCUGAUGAAAUAACGAGAUCGGAAAUUCCACAUCCCAAUCCCCGCUAUCUCGUAGGAAAACUAUCGACCACAAGAACUGAGCAAAGACCCUCAUAGUGGCGCCAACUGGCUUAGAGGAGCUGUUUCCGGGGUUUUGUGGAAUUUCUGGGUUGUGGAUUGCCAUCUUAGUCUUUAGUCAUCAGGCACAAUUGCAGUGUAGAAUCCUCGGUAUCGCGUCGUUGAACUUUCCACAUACCAUUAUGACUAGAUCAUCAGCCAAACCCACGAAUUCGAAAACUUUUGCCUCUAAGCUUCUUAAAAGGUCAUCAACCACUAGUGACCAAAGGAGAGGUGAUAGAACCCCCCGCUGUUCCUGAAUCUUCUCUUGUUCAUCAGUGUUAUUUGAUAAAUGAAUGCUUUGAUCUUCAGAUAAUACGGCACAGGAAUACCUUCAGUUCUUAUUGAUUUGCGCGAAACUCGACUUCAUUGUUAUCAUUCAAUGAACAUUAUGAAAUUGCUCCAGUAUUCGUCCGUUCAUCAAAUUGACCUCUCUGUGUCUUCACACUCUGGUACGGACAAUUCUUCGGACACACUGUGUGUAUUCCCGAAAAAAUCGAGAAAGAAAAACGAGUGAGAUGAAUGUUCUUUGUAGAGAUUAUCAACUGAUACUAAACGAAACAAAAAAGAAAAUACACGAAUUUUAGCUAUUCCAAGAAUAGUGCCAUAAGAGAAAAGAGGUAUAGAAAACGAUAGAAAUUUAAAAUUAAAAACAAGAAAAAAUAAAAAAGAUAUUUUUCCAAUCGAAACCCUUUAUUUUUAAUUAUUCAUUAAGACGGAAAAAGCGAGAUUAGGAGAGCGCGAAAGAACGAAAGAGAAUCAAUGUGCUUUAUGAAGUAUACUAUUGAGAGAGAGGUAAACAUUAGAGAACGACAAAACAACGUAUAGAGUGUAUCACAUACUAGGCGAGGAAGGGUUUGGGAGCUAAAUUUUAUAUCUCACACCCAUUGUGGACAUGAUAGAAAAAAAAAAACGAUAAACACACAUACAACCAGAGUAGUUAGGCCAAAAAAAAAAAACAGAACAAGAAAAGGAUUUUAUAACGGUUCGGAAGGGUUUUUUGAAGAGUUAUUUUACUUAUAUCACGACUAGUAGCAGCGAAAGCAGAAAAAGAAGAAGCAAACGAUAUUUUCUUGUAGAGUUGAAUAUGAAAAAAGUAAUAUUUACUUGAAGGCUAAAAAAUAUCCUUCCUACUUAAUGAAUUUCAUUCAUCGGUUUCAUGGAAACGCCGUUAUACUGUAAACUAUACGAAGAAUUAAUUAUAAUAGUAGAGAUGAUUGAUCAACCUUUGCAUUGGAAGCCAGACAAACAAACGAAUAUAUAUAUAUAUAUAUAUAUAUAUAUAUAUAUAUAUAUAUAUAUAUAUAUAUAUAUAUAUAUAUAUAUAUAUAUAUAUAUAUAUAUAUAUAUAUAUAUAUAUAUAUAUAUGAUGGAUCCAUCAGUCAGUACUUAGGUAUCCAAAAAAAAUUGACUUAAAAUACAUAUACACAGCAGAACAAAGUAAAAAAAUAGAAAUGAGAGAAAAGAGUCAAUUUAUCAGCAUUUCUCAAGCACUGGAUUUGCUGGAUUGCAAAUAGAAUAAAUAUUGUAACUCUAUAGCAACUUCACCCGCAGUCAGAGCGAGAGAAAGGAAGCAUGACACUCAAGACGCUCCGACGAAAAACUAAAUUGCAUACCUGACACAAGUGAUGAUAAAUCAACUGUUUCAAUUACGAUCGGAAAUAAUUACCUACACCACAUUUUGAGAGCACGAUGAAGAGGACCAUCUUCAUCGAUCCACAAAAAGUGUUAAAACCCAAAAUUAGAAACAAGAGAAAAUUUAGGAGACACUUUAUAUUUACUGAGAGUUCAUACACAAACACACGCGUAUACAUACCCCUUGUGUACCCCAUGGGAAUGUGAGUAAAGAAAAUUUAAAUAAUGAAUAUGAAAAAACAUACGUCCAAAGACUUACUUAGCAGGAAACGACGAGGGAAGGUGUCUUACAUAUCCCCGCCACACACACACAAACCGACACAUUUGAAAAA